AUGUCACUCCGAUCUUUAUUCGUACUCGCAUUAAUUGUCUUCUUCGCCCUGUUUCUGCAACUAAGAGCGUUGCAACUGCCUCAAGAACCUCAAAGUCUCUCAUUCGAUCUUUUUGAAGUUAAUAAUGCAUCGCCAUCGCCAUCUCCCAAUUCAACGACCUCGAAUGCUUCUCUGGUUCCGGCACUAUUUGUUAUCGGAGAUUCAACCGUCGAUUGCGGCACGAACAACUAUCUUGGGACUUUCGCUCGUGCUAAUUUCUUACCGUAUGGAAGGGAUUUCGACACUCACAAGCCCACUGGGAGGUUCUGUAAUGGAAGAAUCCCUGUAGAUUUUCUUGCAUUGCGUCUUGGUCUCCCAUUUGUUCCUGCGUUCCUCGGGGAGAGUGGGACUGUUGAGGAUAUGAUCCAUGGAGUGAAUUACGCUUCUGCAGGUGCGGGGAUUAUUUUCUCUAGCGGUUCAGAAUUGGGUCAACAUAUCUCCCUGAUGCAGCAGAUUCAGCAAGCAACAGAUACCUUCCAGCAAUUCAUAUUAAACCUGGGCGAGAAGGCAGCAAAUGCUAUGAUCUCUCAAUCGGUCUUUUACUUUUCAAUUGGAAGCAAUGACUAUAUACAUUAUUAUCUACCUAAUGUAUCUGAAGUGCAGUCCCAUUACCUGCCCUGGAGUUUCAGCCAGUUCUUAGUAUCAACAAUAAAGCAAGAAUUGAAGAACUUGUACAAUGCUAAUGUCAGGAAGGUGGUGGUGAUGGGACUAGCUCCAAUUGGUUGUGCUCCUCACUAUUUAUAUGAGUACAAUAGCAAGAAUGGAGAUUGUGCUCAGGAGAUUAAUGAUAUGAUAAUGGAGUUCAACUUUGCAAUGAGAUAUAUGGUGAAGCAACUCAAUCAAGAUCUUGUUGAUGCUAAUAUCACCUUCUGUGAUGCAUUUCAAGGUUCAAUGGAUAUACUGGCAAACCACGAACGAUAUGGUUUUGAAGUCAUAACUGAUGCUUGUUGUGGGUCAGGGCAGUAUAGAGCUCAGAUGAUAUGCAUUUCACCAGAAAUGGCAUGCAACAAUGCAUCUAAGCAUGUUUGGUGGGACCAGUUUCAUCCAACCGAUGCAGUAAAUGCCAUCUUGGCAGACAAUGUAUGGUCUGGUUUGCACACAAACAUGUGUUAUCCCAUGAAUUUAGAGGAAAUUGUAGUACCCAACAUCAAAUCAACUGAUUAAGAAGCUUCAGAA